CGUUUAGAGUACAGCUGACCAAGAGUGUAAAAAAAUAAUAGCGCAUGGUUUCUAAGGACUAUUUCUCUUGUCCAAACAGCCAAGAUAUGGACACAGUGACAGUCCGUGGCCUGAACAGAUAGAAGAAAACGCUCGCACUCUCUCUCUCCUCCCCUCCCCCAGUUAAAAAAACAACUACUCUGUAGUGCGUCAGCUUCACAUGGAAUUCUUGAGGGCGGGAGCAAAUGUCAUGCAGACUUUCACCUUUUCUGGCAGUGAAGACAACAUGGAGAGCAAGUGGGAAGAUGUAAACGCAGCUGCGUGUGACCUCGCCAGAGAAGUGGCUGGCAAAGGUGGCUUAGUAGCAGCAGGGGUCUGCCAGACGUCAAUAUAUAAACACCACAAGGAUGAAGCAAGAGUUAAAAAACUUUUUCAACUACAGCUAGGUUUUGCCAGGAAAAAUGUGGACUUCUUGAUUGCAGAGUAUUUUCACUGUGCUCAAGAAGCUGUGUGGGCUGUGGAAGUCUUAAAAGAAUCCAGUAAGCCCGUGGCAGCUACUGUGUGCAACCCAGAGGGAGACAUGCAUGACCUAACACCCAGAGAAUGUGCUGUGAAGCUGGUGAAAGCAGGGGCUUCCAUCGUUGGAGUGAAGUGCCGAUUUGGGCCAGGGAUCAGCUUGAAGACAAUGAAGCUCAUGAAGGAAAGCCUGCCUGCAGGACUGAAGGCGCACCUCAUGGUGCAGUCCCUGGGCUUCCACACACCUGACUGUGGCAAGGAUCUCCCAGAAUAUCCCUUUGAACUGGAACCCAGAGUUGCAACCAGAUGGGAUAUUCAAAAAUACACCAGAGACGCCUACAACCUGGGGGUCAGGUACAUAGGCGGGUGCUGUGGAUUCGAGCCCUACCACAUCAGGGCGAUUGCAGAGGAGCUGGCCCCAGAAAGGGGCUUUUUGCCACCAGCUUCAGCAAAACGUGGCAGCUGGGGAAGUGGGCUCAACAUGCACACCAAACCCUGGGUUAGAGCCAGGGCUAGAAGAGAGUAUCGGGAGAAUCUGCUGCCAGCUUCUGGCAGACCUUUCUGUCCUUCGCUGUCAAAACCAGACUUCUGAGGAAAUAAUGGAAGAGAAAUGCCCCUCGAGCUCCGUCUGGGCCCAUUCCUCGCCUUCACCAUC